AUGUGUAUUGUAAAACAUAGCUUCUCCAACGCUGCCAAMGAGUCYACCUCGUCAAGUCUCAAAUGUCUCUGCACCCAUCUGACGUCAUUUGGAGGUGACUUUCUUGUGGCACCAAAUCCCAUCGACUUUGACGUGGUCAUCCUGGGCUUCAGUCAACUGGACCAAACCAAAAACUUCGGUGUCAUUGGUUUCGUAGUKGCAAUCUUUUUGCUGUACUUUAUUGUUGUGUUGUUGUGUAGGCGAGCUGAUAAGCAGGACCAAGUCAAGGUUGGUCCUCAAAUUCAGUUACGCGAUGAGCCGUUCCACAGCGCAUCCUACGAAGUUGCAGUUCAUACAGGACUAUGGUACCAAAGUGGAACAACGGCCAACGUUGCAAUGRUAAUCACAGGAACAGAUAAUCAAAGCGAUGUCAUCUCAAUAUAUCAAGAUGAAUACCAAGAAAGACGGCUUUUUGGACGAGGAAACAUUGACAAGUUUAUUAUUCAUACUUCCUCUUCUUUUGGAGAACUCGAGAAUGUUUCUAUUUGGCACGACAACUCGGGAAAAAAUCCUUCUUGGUUUCUUCGUGGAAUUCAAAUAACGGAUUUAAAUAGUAUGAGUACAUGGGACUUUCCAUGUGACCGCUGGUUGGAUGUACUCAGUGAUGACGGCGCACUUGAAAGAACUUUGCAAAGUCAACCUCACACAUUUGAAGGAAAGAAAUCAAUAAAAGAUAAAACAACACAUAGCUUUGUCGAAGAGCAUCUUUGGGUAUCUGUAUUUGCAAGGAGUCCAAUGAACUAUUUCACUCGAGUACAGCGUGCUACAUGUUGUCUUUCUCUGCUYUUCUCCGCCAUGAUUGCAAAUGCAAUGUUCUACACUAUCGGUGGUAAGACGGAKAAAACUUUUAACAUCGGCCCACUYCAGUUCAGCUUGAGACAGAUCAUCAUAGGGAUCGAGAGCAGUCUUAUYGUUGCUCCMAUAAACUUAAUCAUUGUGCAGCUUUUUAAAAUUGCAAGUAAACAACGACAAAAAGAAGAACUAGAUCCUUUUGACGACAACUUAAUGUUCAAACGGAAAAGGCCAGCAAAAUUAUCAAACUUUGUAAAAGGGACUGCCUAUUUUCUUUYAUUUCUCUGUGUUGUCGCAUCUGCAACAUUCACCAUCUUCUACAGCAUGCAAUGGGGUACUGACAUUAGCAAUCAAUGGCUAACAUCAAUGAUCGUKUCAUUAGUCCAGGACCUUUUCGUUAUACAACCUGCAAAAAUAAUCAUMAUCGCAGUUAUUAUCGUACUACUUACUAGUAAAUUCAGCAAGAAAACAAAGUGUGUUCGCUUGGAUACURACAAGCCUUUGCAGGGUAAGGCUAAGCAAUAUGAGAUGGAUGAGGUAUCAGAAAACGAUGAUGGGGGAAUUAAGCCUCUUUCAGAAGAGAAGAAAAAGGAACAUAAAGAAGUUAUGAAGAAGGAAACGAGAUUGAUCAGCACAGCUAAAGAGAUCGCUUUGUACUUGGUGUUCCUUAUCCUGCUGUGUCUCGUGUGUUAUGGAUCUCGUACAAAAUAUGGGUUCCUAAUGAACAACGCCCUUAAAGAAAACUUCGCUGAGUUUGAUCAGGUAACGGACGACAACUCAUUUUACGAGUGGCUUGGAAGUACACUUGUUCCUGGAUUAUUCGGAACAUUUUGGUACAAUGGACAGGAAGUAGCAAAUAAGGCAUACAUCAACGAUAAACGAUCCAUACUACUUGGGAUGCCUCGUAUGAGACAGAUACGUGUCCAGGAAGGGCAUUGCACAAUUCCAAAAAUCUUCCAAUCAACCAUUUCACGUUGCGUGACUUCGUACUCAAUGGACAGAGAAUAUACAACUAAACUAAAUUAUCCAGAGUGGAAAAGAAUAGCACCUGCAAGCUACGUUAACCAAACACUAACWYCUGAGACAUGUCCAAAGCCUUGGAAAUAUCACACCUCUGACGAAAUYACAUCCCUACCCUACUGGGGUUUACAGAGUCUUUACGGUGGGGGAGGAUAUGUGGCACAUCUUGGAUAUCAAUCAAAUACAGCUUCACGUGUAGUUAAUGAACUUUCUACUUCAAAGUGGUUGGAUCCACGAUCCAGUGCUGUCCUGAUUGUGUUCAGCGUCUUCAAUGUCAACACCGAGUACGCAAGUUUCUUGAGCUUUUUGUAUGAAAAAAUGUCAACUGGAGCUGGUUUAGCCUCGUAUAAGAUCCAUUCGAUACCACUUUACUCAAACACUGUGUCAUUCCUGGUGUUUCAGCUUCUGUUUCUGGUGUUYGCUUUGUUYUAUUUCGUAUUGGUGUGCGUUAGACUGGUCAAAUUGAAAUGUACUUUCUGUARAGACGUAUGGAAUUGUMUUGAUAUAAUACUAGUUGUUCUCAGUGUAGGGGCAGUCGUUUUACAGAUCAYCAGAGGAAUUUAYACAUCUGACGUCAUACGGCAAAUUMAAGCCAACCCUUACARUGAUCUCAGCUUCGACUACGUURUCAUGGCAAUCGAUAUCGARGACAGCAUUUUAGCAUUAUUGGUGUUUGUCUCGACUUUGAAAUUACUCAAACUCAUCAAACUCGACCUCCGAAUAGUGUUAAUAUCCUCUACGAUAGGAGUGUCAUUUAAAGAUUUGGCGCCUUUCUCACUUGUUUUUACAGUUCUCCUCUUGGCAUAUUCACAGCUUGGUAUUUUGCUCUUUGGCACAGAAGAUGUCGCAUUUUCAAAUAUGUACAAUGCGCUUGCUACAAAUUUGCAGAUGUUUCUUGGUGGGGUAUCCGAUCUUUGGAUUCUAGAAAAGAGAAACCGGGUUCUAGCGCCGUUCUAUAUAGUAAUAUUUAUUCUAACUAUGAUGUUUAUAAUGGUCAAUGUAUUCCUUGCUAUACUUUAUGAAGCCCGUAUGAACGAACAGAAGCGAUUGUCGGCAUUAGAAGAGGAAUUUGAAUUUAUGGAAUAUUUGAAAAAGCGAGUAAUCUCGUUUUUUAACUUUAGGAGAUCGAAAAUUACAGACAUACCGGAUACACAGAAAGAAGGUAGUCUCUCUGSUUCUUCUAUUCGUUGUGCUAAAGACACUGAACCAUUAWUAGUKGAUCACAAGUCAGAAACACACCACGAAACACACAGUGAGAUCAUCAUAGAGCAACAAGGGCCGGACUUUUCUAAAAACACGAGAAACAAGAGUCAGAUUACGCAGAGUCGAKUUGAYCAAGGACAGAGUCCAACAGACGUCCGUAAGAACGAAUGUAACAUCAUAGAGAUUCACGARCGGUUGAAGAAAAUGACAGUGUUGUUAGAAAUGAUGGAAAUGGAAUCUACGGAUGAGGACAUGCAGCUGACACAAAUGGUACUUCAGUUAGAAAGCARCCAAAGCAAUACUUUGCCAGUUGAAAGUACCACCGCGAGCUCGUCUCCUGAGCCAAGYGUUAUCGUUUCAGAGCCGCUGCCUGAAGAAAAUAGAAGAGAGAGUGCAAUAACAUUGUCAAAUCUGUAUUUUACAGAAGAUUUAGAAUGCCAAGAAGAGCUUCAGUUUGUUUUCCCGCGUCGACCUUCACAAACGUSCACAAACAGUCGAUUUCGACCGGUUGCUAUUAAAAGAAUGCAUGCAAAUAAAUUUGUGAAUCARCUGCAAGAUAUCAGGGAGAAGAAUAAUCCAUAGGAGAUCAAGAAAGAUAUUAUUGUGUAACAUAUAAAAAGGAUCAGUAUGUUUUUCUUUUCGUGAGAGUGAUAAACAGGUUAACUUUAUGMCAUGACCGCGCGCAUACCAACGCCGGCGAAAGAUUCGAAUUCAUUAUACUUAACGUAGCUAAACGGCCUGUUUUGUUCUGACAGCGUUCUGACACAUACACUAUUYAAAAGCUAUUGUAAAAGUGCAGUAAUUCUUAAACAUUGGAUUUUGAAUUACGGAACUAGUAUAACAGAAGUGAUUUCGCGAAAAUUAGAUAUUCAGCAUUAGCACGUCRAACGAUCUGAGCUAGAUAAUAAGAUGCUUCAAUAAUUAUUACAAAUAUAUGAAUAAUAGAAUAGUUAUAAARAUGAUAUAUUUUAUAAAUAGAAUAAAUGAAGAAAAAGACACGCAACUUGUAACUUGGUUUUCUACUUAUGAUAUAUUUUAUUUUUACAUAUUAAGAUUUAGAGUGUGUUUGCAUGCGGUAUUUGUUGGAUUUGAAUAGUCCACAGAUUAAACUUAUAUUUAUAUA